UCCUCUCGCCAGGCCUGCGAGCUUCCUCCCAGCGGAGCCCCGGGCAAUCCCAGCUCGGCCGCCCCCGCCGCCACCACCGCCGCCCUCCCGCUCCCGCCCCACCCCGCACCCUGCCCGGGGGGCCUGCCGGGGUGGGGUCCGAGCGGGGCGACCGCCCGGCCGCGCCGCCGUCGGGGCCGGCCCCCGGCCAGCCGUCCCUCCCUCCCCAGCCAGCCUGUGGCCACCAGAGCCUCCGGGGCGUGGAGCGCGGGGAGCCUCCGCGGCCCCCGAUCCAGCGUCCGGGGCAGACCCCGGCGGCCGGCGCGACGUUCCAAACUCGAACCUCGGUGGCGGCGUUCGGAAGCGGAACUCUGCCGGGGCUGCGCCGGCUACAUUGUUUCCUCCCCCCGACUCCCUCCCGCCCCCCUUCCCCCGCCUUUCUUCCCUCCCCGACCCGGGCCGCGCGGCCAUCCCCCUGCCUCUGUCUGGCCGUCCCUCCUCCCCCUCUUUUCGCACCAAUACCUCUUUGUACCGUACCCCCCGGGGACCCCUGCGCCCCUCCCCUCCCCCCUGGCCGCAUGGACCGUCCCGCAGGCCGCUGAUGCUGCCCGCAGCGAGGUGGCCCGGACCGCAGUGCCCCUAGAGAGCUUUAUGGAGACGUAAUUGACAUACAGCAUUGUGUGAGUUUACGGUGUGCAGUGUGGUGACUUCAUGUACGUGUGUUGCUAAACAAUUACCACAGUAAGUUUAUUCACGUUCGCUGCUGAGCAGUGAAGCUCUGUGAAGACACCACGGUUUAGCCAGCUUACUCUUGAUGGGCAUCUGGGCCGUCCCCAGCGUGAGGUUGGCGACAGAUCGUGCUGCGCGAGUGCUCUUGUGCCCCUGUCAGCGGACACCUGCACUGUCUUCUCUUGGCUCUCAUGGUACCAGGUGACACGGCGGCCUUCCUGUGACCCGGGGACGCCAGACCUUCUGCGAAGAUGUCAGCAAUCCAGGCCGCCUGGCCAUCCGGUACAGAAUGCAUUGCCAAGUACAACUUCCACGGCACUGCCGAGCAGGACCUGCCCUUCUGCAAAGGAGACGUGCUCACCAUUGUGGCGGUCACCAAGGACCCAAACUGGUACAAAGCCAAGAACAAGGUGGGCCGUGAGGGCAUCAUCCCAGCCAACUAUGUCCAGAAGCGGGAGGGCGUGAAGGCCGGCACCAAGCUCAGCCUCAUGCCCUGGUUCCAUGGCAAGAUCACACGGGAGCAGGCAGAGCGGCUUCUGUGCCCACCGGAGACAGGCCUGUUCCUGGUGCGGGAGAGCACCAACUACCCCGGGGACUAUACGCUGUGUGUGAGCUGUGACGGCAAGGUGGAGCACUACCGCAUCAUGUACCACGCCAGCAAGCUCAGCAUCGAUGAGGAGGUGUACUUCGAGAACCUUAUGCAGCUGGUAGAGCACUACACCUCAGACGCAGACGGGCUCUGUACUCGGCUCAUCAAGCCAAAGGUCAUGGAGGGCACAGUGGCAGCCCAGGAUGAGUUCUUCCGCAGCGGCUGGGCACUGAACAUGAAGGACCUGAAGCUGCUGCAGACCAUUGGGAAGGGGGAGUUUGGAGACGUGAUGCUCGGUGAUUACCGAGGGAACAAAGUCGCCGUCAAGUGUAUUAAAAAUGACGCCACUGCCCAGGCCUUCCUGGCUGAAGCCUCUGUCAUGACGCAACUUCGGCAUAGCAACCUGGUACAGCUUCUGGGCGUGAUUGUGGAAGAGAAAGGUGGGCUCUACAUCGUCACUGAGUACAUGGCCAAGGGGAGCCUGGUGGACUAUCUGCGGUCGAGGGGUCGGUCGGUGCUGAGCGGAGACUGUCUCCUCAAGUUCUCACUAGAUGUCUGCGAGGCCAUGGAAUACCUGGAGGGCAACAACUUCGUGCACCGGGAUCUGGCUGCCCGCAACGUGCUGGUGUCUGAGGACAACGUGGCCAAGGUCAGCGACUUCGGCCUCACCAAGGAGGCCUCCAGCACCCAGGACACGGGCAAGCUGCCAGUCAAGUGGACAGCCCCGGAGGCCCUGAGAGAGAAGAAAUUCUCCACCAAGUCUGACGUGUGGAGUUUCGGAAUCCUUCUCUGGGAAAUCUACUCCUUCGGGCGAGUGCCUUAUCCAAGAAUUCCCCUGAAGGACGUCGUCCCUCGGGUGGAGAAGGGCUACAAGAUGGACGCCCCUGACGGCUGCCCGCCUGCGGUCUACGAGGUCAUGAAGAACUGCUGGCACCUGGAUGCCGCCGCGCGGCCCUCCUUCCUGCAGCUCCGGGAGCAGCUCGAGCACAUCAAAACCCACGAGUUGCACCUGUGACCGCCGGGCCCCCCGGUGCCCCCCCCCCCACCCAGGUCGUGGGCCUGCGGGGACUGAACCUGGAGAGAUUGUGGACCUGGUGCCCCCACUUGCUGGGCCCAAGCCUGAACUGAGCCCAGCGGGCCCACGGGCCUCUUUUGUCUGCCCCAGCCUGCACCCCCUCUGGCCCCCCAGAGACCCUCCCUAGGCCUGGCACCUUUUCUCAUGGACCCACCUGUGGGGCUUCGGGAGCCCCACCGAAGGGCCAGGAAGGGAGGAGGCUGGGGAGCGUGAGGCAGAUGCCCCCUACCGUGGUCAGGCUUCUCCUGGCCUCCCAUCUCUCACCUUCUUAGAGUUUUAUUCCUUUCCUUUUUUGAGAUUUUUUCCCGUGUGUUUAUUUUUUAUUAUUUUUCAAGAUAAGGAGAAAGAAAGUACCCAGCAAAUGGGCAUUUUACAAGAAGUACGAAUCUUAUUUUUCCUGUCCUGCCCACCGGGGUUGGGGAGACCAGGCCCCUCUCUAGGGACCCAUCGCCCCAGCCUUGUUCCCGUGUUCCGUGUCCCGUGUCGCCUCGGUCGCCCCGUGUUUGCGCUUGACCACGUUGCACUGUUUGCAUUGCAUGCGCCCGAGGCAGACGUCUGUCAGGGGCUUGGAGUCCAUUCGUGUGCCGCUGCCACCCGCCCACCUGCCUUGUGAGAUGGAAUCGUAAUAAACCACAUGAGGACACCGCUGCCCAGCCUCGGCGCUUCC